AUGAAUCAAUCAAGUGACAAUAUAUUUAAUAACUUUGGGUAUGCACAGAAUGUGAUUAGUAGUCCACAACAAGGUGAAUGGGUCAAGCUUAAUGUAGGAGGACAGAUCAUUCAAACAACACUUACUACACUUAGAAAGGAUAAAGAUUCAAUGCUCUAUCUCAUGUUUCAUCCUCAACAUGGAUGGAAUCAUUGUAGAGAUGAACAAGGUGCUAUCCUCGUCGAUGCAGACCCACGCUACUUUUUGGUCAUCCUCAACUUUCUCAGACACGGUGAACUCAUUGUAGAACCUCAUCUAAACUAUUAUGGAGUAUGGUCAAUUGCUCGUUACUUUCAAAUUAAACCAAUUAUGGAUUUAUUAGAUAUUGAAGAUAAUGAUCAAAGUAGUUGGUUAACAUUAUUAGAAGAUAAUUUUAUGGCACCUGAUAUGGAUACAACUAAAUGGGCUGUGAAUAGAGAUAGUUUGGGUAGUGCAUAUGAUUUGGAGGAUGAGGACGGAGAAGUUCGUCUUACGGGAACAUGGUGUCGUGUCAAUGUCGACGAUUUCUUUCAAAUAUCGACUCGGUGCGAUGGUUCUAACCAGGGAUCACCCUACUUUGAAAUACAGAAUGGACUCGAGUUUCAGUACUGUCGUGGCACGGCCUCUAUUAUUGGACGAGGCGGUUUGCUUCCAUCGGGAGUAGUCAAGAUCAAGAAAAAGGGAGACUUUACAUUCCCAGCUGGCGUACCAGUACACUUUGAAAUAUUCGAUGAUGGCAGCAACGUGUCGUUUACGCUGUGGGAGUCGAUUAGCAAGACAUCGCUCACCAUUGAAACCACCUGUACAAAUCGAUCACUUCUCAACUAUAUAGUAUUCCACAACCGUGAAAAGACCGGUGCCAACCACAUAUCCUAUCUUUCCAAUGUUCGUGUUCAGCGAUGGACUCGUGCAACUGCCCGUAAAUCAAAGACCAAAAAAUUAUUAAAGAAAAUGAAUCAUAAUUUAUCUUCUCCCUAA